UAAUGAGAAUAUUGGUUAUUGUUGUAUUAGCCCUCACAGUGAUGGCAGCCCAAAAAAGAAGGAAGUACAUUUACUAACCACUUCUAAAUUAGAUCAAUACCAAACCUUAUUCAUAUGGACAAUAAAUCAUAUUAAAAAUCACAUGCAAAAAUUGAAUAUGAUGUUGAUUCAUUUACAAGUCCUAGAACUUAGUAGCUUAAGACUGCCUAGAAAAGAUAAGAUAGCAGUUUAAAAAGAGCUAUCUUACACAGCCAAUAGACAACUGGAUUUGUUCAAAUUUAAUAAGAAACAGAUCAAUUCAUUCUUAUGAAUCAAGAUGAAGAUGUACAUAAUAUUUCAUAUUAUAUUAUAGCUUUCUUCUGAAUUAAUGACAGAAUAACAAAUUUAAUAAGCUUUAUUAACUGCUGAAGACUUUAAUAAUGUCCCCAAUAUUGAAAUGCAAGCAGAAUCAAAUUACUAAGCUCCAGAUGUAGCAUAAGAUGAUGUCAAUGAAUCCUAUUAUAUUCCAGUAAUUACAGAAGGAGAUGGCACAUUAGAAGAAGUUUAGAACUCUGAUGAAUAGCCCCAAUCAAAUCCAGAUAUUGAGAUGCCUUCCUUGGAUGAAGUGUCAUUUCUUCAAUGAA